UAGAGAGGAUAGAUCAAUCUAUUUGACUUUAGAAAUCUCUCUAUCUAUUCUGGAUACUAGAUCCUAUAUAUCUCUACAUGUCUACAUCUUGACUAUUUUAUAAGAUAAGAUAGACUAGAUCUAUGUCAUGUCUAGAUUUUUUUUAUUGAUUAGGCAUGACGAUUGAUGUAGAGAAUCUAUGACUACUAUGAUGAUUAGAUAUCAAAGACUGAGACUUAAAGAUAAAUAUUAAUUAUUAUUGUUAAACUUUAAACCGUGGCAAGAAACCUAUAAAAGAGAUCCAGAUAGAAUCUAUAUUUCUACCCAAAGGAUGAAUCAUAAAGUUUCUAAAAAAGUGGAAGGAUCAAUGCCAUGUGGAAAUCCAAAAAGAUUUGAAAGCAGAGAUGUUUUGCGCAUGCCCCAAGCAGUGUUGCAGAAUAAAAAACGUAAAAUUGAUGGCCAGGAACACAUAGAGACACAAAGUGAAAAACAUUUGCAGAUUUUACUGCAACGUCAAGUGAAAAAAGAUGUCACUCUCUCAGAUCAGUUUUCACAUCAUCGUUCGUUUACGCCAGCUACAUCCCAUGAUCCUGGAGUUGAGAAGCUUGUCGGAGUUCACAGUUUUCAACAUUACAAGACAGUUGGUGACCUAGAUUCAAAAAUUGACCACUUGCGACACUGUGGACUAAAUGACGAAGAAGUUACUAUCUGGCUGCAAGAAGAAAUGAAAAUUGAGAGUACCCCUGGUUAUGGAGCUCAUCCCUUGUCUAAAUCUGCUCAGCUAAUUGAAAUUCAGAAAAAGAUUACAGAAAAAGAAAAAUCUUUAUCUGUUCCCGAUACAUUCCAAGGGGCUCUAGAGUUGAGCAGACAAGAAAGAGAUUUAGAAAUCUCCAUUGCACAAAAGUUUGGAACAAUUUCAGAUCUUCCCAGUAUUAUAACUCAGAAGAAGUUCAAGGACACCCACCCAGAUGAUCCCAUCAACCAUCUGUCAGAAAUUCUAAGCGACAUUGACAAAAAAACUGAGCGAGAUUCAAGAAGAGAUAGGCGCAGAAGACGUAAGCUGGAGAGAAAAAAGUUGUACUAUGAGUCAUUAAAGCUAAAUACAGAAUUAGAUGCAGAUCCCACUGAUCAUUUAGCCGAGAGGACUCGGCAGGAUCUACAAGUAGAUUCAUCAGAUAUAAGCUGUGAUAUAAUCAAAGAUUGUCCAGACCCUGCACCUCACAAUAAUGAGACCUCAAAAACUUUAGACAUCAUCUGUGAAAGGCUCUCAGACUCAAACCAAAUAAUAGAGAAAGAAAGAGGCAAUACAAAUUCAAACCAAGAAUCAAGUUCACGCACAGAAAUCUCUGGUCCAAUCAAUUUUAUUCCUAGAAGAGAAAUAGAGAACAACAAAUUAACUUUAGAAGAAAUCAAAUCAAUGGAAAAAUUUAGAAACUUUACAUUUGGUGAACCAAACAAGAUUGUGUACGUGAAAAAUUUGCAUCCUAAAGUCUCUGAUGAAGACCUAGUGGCUUUAUUUGCUUGCUUCCAAACUGCUGACAAACCACAGAUAAUAUUUAAAAGAUUAACUGGCAGAAUGAAAGGACAAGCGUUCAUAACAUUUCCAGACGAAGCCACGGCUGGAGAGGCUAUACAACUUGUCAAUGGGUACAAGCUGAGAGAUAAGCCAAUCAUUUUAAGCUAUGGGAAAAAGACAGCAACUUAAUAAAAAGGAAUUAAUUGCAUUACAUUAAGUGUGAUAGAAUUUCAUACUAACUGGCGCAAUAAAAAUUUGUUUAUUUGCAAGUAAAAAUUGUUUUGUUUUUUUUUAAAUUAAAAUGUACAAGUCUUUUAGAACUAUACACAUUUAUUUGUUAAUCUAGUCAUUCACACUAAUAGCUUGUAAUGUACCGAUAUGAAGUCAUGCUCAAAUGACAUUUGGGUACUCCUUAAAGUAUUUAAAUAAUGAACUUUGUUUUGGUGCUAAGAUAAAAGAAUGUAUUAGUUCUAAACCCAUUGAAUAUUUUUGUUUAGUUUCUAUUAGUUCUAAACCCAUUGAAUAUUUUUGUGUAAGUUUCCUCAACACAUUUUUAUUUCCAUGCUACAACAAAAACCAUUUUGUCACAGACAUAGACCAAACAUUUUAUGGGGCGUGGUGUUCAGAUGUUAAAGCACUGUCGAGGGCAGCUAAAUUAAUGUCUGUUUUGUUCUCUGAGCACUCCUUGGUACAUAGAGCACCAGGAAGUCUUUACCUGUAUUGUGCUAUACCAUUUGUCACAACUAUCUAUGUAGUUGUAUGUUAAAAAUGUUCUCUAUCUAAUAGCGCCGCUUUCAUCAAUAGGUGAUGACGUCAUUUGCAUUAUUUUAUUUGUGUGCAGUAAUUGCUCUCCCCUUGUUGCGUCGAAAUUUUUCUUCUUGGUCAUUUGGUGCAUUCACGCCAUGUUGCUCGACUGAAGCAGGCUGUAUCUUUUGAGUUAUUGAAUUCUCCUUGUGUCUUCGUUAUUGGAUAGCCUUAGCAUUGGCCUUUGUAUAUAUUCUUGAAGGAUUAUUUGACCCCUGUAUAGGGUGAGUUUCAUUUCACAUAGUAAAGUUAUUCUUAAUAUGUAUUCGGUCGCAUUCGAAUUUUGUAAUUAGAUUAGAGGAUUAGAAGAAUGUGUUAUUUGUCUUUCUAUAGGGUGUUCAUCUCAGGUUUUUCGUCUGAGUUUUCAAGUUUUGGGUUCGAGUCUGAGGUUCCAGAUUUUCUAUAUCCAGACUUGGUGUUACAUUGUGAGUUUUGGUACUUUGAUGCUUCAUCGUGGCGAACAUUCAUCUUGGCUAGAAGACACCUGUGAUACCUUGGACAGCUGUCUUUGAAGUGAACUGUACUGUUACAGAAUCUUAGUCUUGGAAGGAAAUAUUGUGAGGUCAAUACUAUCGGAUACCAUAUUACAAGGUGGUUAUCAUUGUAUUUGAAAUAUUAAUUCAGUAUUUAAUUAGAACUAGACUAUGAUUUAGUAAUUUAUCAUACUAUAUGUACUGUAUUCAUUUAUCUUUACCAUUAGUCAUGUCAUUU